AUGGCUGCGGACAAGCCCUCGGUCCUCAUUAUUGGGGGCCUGGGUUACAUCGGCCGCUUCCUCGCGCUGCACAUUCACCAGAACGACCUGGCAUCAGAAGUUCGUCUGGUUGACAAGGUGCUUCCUCAGCUCGCAUGGCUCGCGCCGGAAUUCGCCGACGCUUGCUCGCAAGACAAAUUCAUUCAGGCCGACGCUAGCAGAACAGAGGGCCUUGCCAGGAUAUUUGACCGUGCCGAUGGCAAGCAGUGGGACUACGUCUUCAACUGCGGUGGCGAGACGAGAUACUCACAAGAGGACGAGGUCUAUAAGCUGCGAUCACUCAACCUGUCCCUGACUGUUGGCAAGGAGGCUGCCAGGCGUGGCAUAAAGGCUUUCGUCGAGCUUAGCACAGGCAUGGUCUACAAGUCGGACUCAUCGCCGAGCAAGGAGGGAGACAAGCUCAAGCCCUGGAGCAAGAUCGCUGUCUUCAAGCUGCAAGCCGAGGAAGAGCUGGCCAAGAUUGAGGGCCUUAACCUCAUUAUCGCUCGUCUGCCCCACGUCUAUGGCCCGUAUGCUUCCCAAUGGGUCGCGACGGCUCUCUGCAUGGCGCGGGUGUACCAGCACAUUGAGGAGGAGAUGAAGUGGCUUUGGACCAAGGAUCUGCGUACUAACACUGCACACAUCACCGACGUUACGCGCGCACUUUGGGACAUGGCCUCAUGGUACGACCGGGGCAAGGAUGGUUGGGACGAGGCCAGCAUGGGAAAGGUGCCCACCUUCAACGUCGUCGACGAAGGCACGACGACACAAGGCACCCUGGCAGACAUUAUUGCCGAUAUCUUCAAAAUCGAGACUGGGUUCCAGGGGCAGCUGGUCAGCACAUUCGCGCGCCUCAAUCUCGAUAGCGUUGUCGACGACGUCAACGACGAGACGCUUGGUCCCUGGGCGGAGCUGUUGGCUGAGGCUGGCAUCACCCGCCCAGGGCCUUUGACGCCUUUCAUGGAGAAGGAGCUUCUCAAGGAUACCGAUCUGAGCAUGAACGGCGACCGACUGGCGUCAAUAGUUGGCUUCAAGUACCAGAAGCCCGCCAUGACCAAAGAGCUGAUUGAGGAAGUCAUUGACAGCUACAAAAAGAUGAAGUGGUGGCCAUGA